AUGCAAGAAGAAUCUUCACCACUCGUUACUUCAUCAUCAUCAACAUCAAAUCAACAUGCUGCUGCCGAUCAUGAGGAAUCAUCUUCUUAUAAUAAUAACACGUCAACUCCCACCCUGAUUGAGGAGGAUUAUGGAGUGUAUAAGAAACAACGACAUCCUAUCAUUGUCAAGUUUUUGCAAUUUAAACAAUUCUAUCAAUCGGAAAAGUUGAGAAAAGUUCGGAGAUGGAUUGCAUUUGUUAUUGGUGCUGCCAUGAUGAUUGCUGCUGGAACACAGUAUGCAUUUUCAUCGAUUAGUCCUUCUUUGAAAAAACGAUUUGAUUUGACUCAAACGGAGGUGAAUACUAUUGGAACAGCAGCAAAUUUGGGAACUAAUUUCAGUUUUCUCUUUUCUUUGGUGAAUGAUUUUCUUGGAGCUCGUUCUUGUAGUUUUGUUUCUGGUGCCUUCUUGUUUGGAUCUUAUUUUCUGAUGGCAUUGACAGUUUCUGGAGCUAUUCCAGGAGCAGAGAAUUAUAUUGCACUUUCUGCAUUCAUGUUUAUUAUGGGUAAUAGUAGUGGUGGAGCUUAUACAGCUGCCAUGACAACAAGUGUGAAAAAUUUUCCUGAAAGAAAUAGAGGAUUAGUAGUUGGUGUUCUUGCCUCAUUCUUUGGUAUCAGUAGUGCCAUUUAUUCUGGCUCAUAUCAGUAUAUUUUCCAAUUGCAAUUACAACCUUACAUGAUAUUUUGUGCCGUUUUGGGAGGAAUAGUUGUCUUGAUUUUGGGAACUGUAUUUUUGGAUGGAAAGUCUUCAGCCGAUAAAAAUGAUGCUGGGAAGAAGGUAUCUACUGCCAAUACCAUUAAUUCAUCUCAACAAGAAGCCACCACCACCUCUGAGGAAGGAAAGCCAAUAGUUGUGGAUCCAAGCACUGGUGAGCUACCUGCAGAACAAACUUUGGAAUCUACAACAAUGAUGGAAGAGGAUACUCAAACCUAUGAAGAAGAUGAACUCAGGGAAAAAUUACAACAAUUGGAAAUUCCAAAUGUUAACUCUUUGAAGAUGCUCAUUUCACUUGAUUUCUGGCUUGCUUUUUUGGUUAUUUUCAUUGUUGUUGGAUCAGGAAUUACUGUCAUUAACAAUUUAGGAUCACUCGUAUUGGCCUAUGGUGGAUACAAUGGCCAACAAAACAUGAUGGUGAUUGUCUUUUCAAUUUGUAAUUGUUUGGGAAGAUUACUUUUUGGUAUCUUGAGUGACAAGUUACUUUCUCCAAAGAGAGGUAUCACUAGAAUUACAUUCCUUUCCAUUUGUAUUGUCAUGAUGACAGUCAUUCAAUUCUUAUUUGCCGUGAUGCCUCUUGAAGGUUUUUAUCCACUUAUCAUUUUCUUGGGUAUUUGUUAUGGAGGAACAUAUGCACUGACACCAACAUUCAACAGUGAAAGAUUUGGAGCUAAAUAUUUUGGUAUGAAUUCUACAAUUCAAUCAAUGGCAGCAAGUUUAGGAUCCUAUGCAUUCUCAACUGGAUUGGCCGGCUAUUUGUAUCAAGUUAAUAUUGAAAAACCAAGAACUCUAACAUGUCAUGGUAGACCUUGCUAUGAAGCAACUUUCUACAUUUUAUCUCUUCUUGGUUGUGUUGCCCUGAUUAUUUCCUUAAUUUUACACAAGAGAACUUUGUGGUUAUACAAGACAUUGUAUAAGAGAAGACAUUAUGCAACGCUAUUGGAUCGAUUGAUUUCAAAUAAUGGAAAGAGUACAACUAAAAACAUAUAA